AUGUUCAAGUUUAAACUCGGACGUAAACAGCCCGAGGAUAAUGAAGCUCGUCGACGUCUUCAAAAAGAAUUAUUCGGAUUAAAUAAAAUUUGUGAUCGAGGUUUUCCUUCACGUCCAUCAGCUCUAGCUUAUGAUUCUCAAUUAAAAUUAAUUGCUAUUGGAACACAUACAGGUGAAAUUCGAAUUUAUGGUCAACCAGGAUUUCAAUUAUCAUAUAGUCUUGAUUUAAAUCCAUCAUCAUCAAUUUAUAAAUUAAUUUUUCUUGAUGGUGUAGCACGACUUCUUGUUUUAACUAUUGAUGGUUAUUUACAUUUACUUGAAAUCAAUAAUUAUAAUCCAACAAAUAAUGAUUUUUCAUCAUAUAGUACAGUACGACUUGAUCGUAUUUGUACAUCAAGUGAUGAUGAUUCAAUAAUAUUAAAAAAUACACAAACAAUAUGUUUAUUACGAAAUCAUUUAAAUCUAUUAAUUGGUCUUAAUGAUGGAAACAUUUAUUUAUUUAAUAUUGAAAAUUUUUCACUUAAUAUUAAUCCAAUUAUUCCAACAGAUAUUAUUGAAAAAACAAUUGUGGAAUACUGUAGUGGUCGUAUUAUUCAUCCAGGUCCGGUACAAUCAAUUGUUCAACAUCCAAUAAAUGAAGAUAAAAUAUUAAUUGGAUAUAAAAAUACACUUAUUGUUCAUUGGGAUUUACCAUCAAAUAGUCAUGAUAGAACUUAUAUUUAUAAACAAGAAGUUGAAUCUGUUUGUUGGUAUAAUAAAGGAAUGAAUUUUGCUACAUGUCAUAAUAAUGGAAGUUAUGCAUUAUGGGAUGCAAAACAACAAUUAAAUAUAGUUGAAACAGAAAAAAUUCCAUAUGGACCUUAUCCAUGUACACCAAUGACAAAAGUUUGUGUUAAAAUUAUGCGAAAUGGUGAUCCUUUAAUAAUAUUUGCCGGUGGCUUACCACGUUCAAGUUAUUCAAAUAAACAUAGUGUUAGUUGUUUAUCUGAAAAUGAACAUGAUCAUAAUAAUGAUCGAACACGGCAUGUUACAUUUGAUUUUACAACAGCAGUUAUCGAUUUUUUUACCAUCGAUAAAUUAUCAAAUGAUGGAUCUCGUGAUGAUCCACAAUCACUUGUAAUAUUAUUACAUGAAGAAAUAGUUGUCAUUGAUCUUGUUACUGAUAGUUGGCCAUCAUAUCAUUUACCUUAUUUAAAUAGUAUUCAUGCAUCUCCUGUUAUUUGUACAACAUUAGCAUGUAAUGUUAAUGUACAAUUUUAUAAAAAACUUGUGAAUUACGCGGCAAUACAAUUUGAUGAUUAUUCAGAUCGAAAAUGGCCAAUAGCAGGAGGAGAAAUCAAAUAUAGUUCAAAUAAUGUAAAUGAUGAGACAGAGCCGAGACAUUUAUUAUUAACUGGACAUGAAGAUGGAUCAGUACAAUUUUGGGAUAUAACGAAUAUUUCAAUGCCAUUAAUUUAUAAAUUAAAAACAAGUGAUUAUUUUCAAAUUGAACAAGCACCUAUCGAUGAAACAGAAGAAGAAACAUGGCCACCAUUUCGAAAGACGGGUCUUUAUGAUCCAUAUUGUGAUGAUCCUCGUUUAGCUAUACAAAAAUUAUCACUUUGUACAAAUACAGAUACACUUAUUGUUGCUGGAACAGCUGGACAAGUUCUCACAUUUGAAUUUUCAAUUGAAUCAACAGAAGUCAAUAUAGCUACAACAACAGUCAAUUUACUUGAAGGUUGUGAAAGUUUUGUUUGGAAAGGUCAUGAAGAAAUGAAAACAAAACCAACAUUUAUUCCAUCAGGUCUUAUUCUUACAUCAUUAGUUCAACUUUAUCCACCUGCAGCUAUAUCAGCUGUAGCAUUAUGUUCAGAUAUUCAAACUUAUGCUAUUGGUACUGCACAUGGUUUUACAAUAUUUAAUUAUAAACAAAAUCGAAUUCUUACAGCUAAAUGUACACUUGAUCCAAAUGCAUUAGGAAAUACAACAGCUGUACCAUCAUCAACUGGUGAAUCAACAUUAAUACGUGGACGUUCAUUAAAAAAAUCUCUUCGAGAAUCAUUUCGACGUUUACGUAAAGGACGAACAAUAAGAAAAGCUACAAUGAUGGCAACAGCAAAACGAGCAGAUGAAAAUAAUCCAUUAUCAUCAACAAAUAUGCAUUUAGAAGAUGUUAUACGUGUACCUGUUGAAAGACAAGUAGAAUUUCGAGAAUUUAAAUCUUCUGAUGAUCAAGUUGCUAGUAUGGUUCGUUGUCUUUAUUUUGCUAAAACUUAUCUUAAUAGUGUUAAUGAUCGAACACGUUCAGUUUGGGCUGGUACAAAUGGUGGUCAUGUAUAUGUUUAUUCUAUAACUGGUUUUGAACCUCAAUUAAUAAAUGGACCUGCUAUUGCAACAGAUCAAACAAAUACAUGUACAAUGGCGAAAGAAAUUCGAUUAAAACAUAAAGCACCUGUGUUAAGUAUUGUUGUACUUGACGGUUCAAAUCAAUCAAUAGGAUAUGGUUCAAGUAUUCCAACAAUAGAAUCAACAUUUUCAUCUCUUAACACUCAUAUUCAACCAACAACGAAUUCAGAAAAUGCAUCACCAAGUUCACCAUCAACAAUUCCUUCACAUAAAGUUCUCAUUUGUUCAGAAGAACAAUUUAAGGUUUUUACAUUACCAAAUUUAAAACCAUAUUGUAAAUUUAAAUUAACAGCAACAGAAGGUACACGUGUACGAAAAGUCAAUAUUAAUCAAUUCGCUCUUAAAUCAGAUAAUAUUAAUGAAUCUCAUACGGAAUCAUGUCUUGUUUGUUUGGAUAAUAUGGGUCAAAUAAGUAUUUAUACAUUACCAACACUUCGUCGUCAAAUAUUAUUUAGUUGUAUAAAAGCAAGUGAUAUAAAUGCUUUAUCAACUGUACAAUUUUCUCCAUUUGCACAUGCACUUUAUUUACAAUCAUCAUCAGAAUUAGCUCAAGUGACAUUUUCACCACAAACAAUUUUACCUUAUUCAAUGUCAAUUACAUAUGAUAAACUUCAACGAAAAACAAUACAAAGAUCUGAUAUAGACAAAUCUAUUCGACAAACAAGUCCACAACGAAAUACAACUGCUGAACAAGAAGCUCUUCUAUUAACACCUUCGAAACUAUCUGAACAUGCAGAUGAAUCAACAUUAACAUCAAUAAGUGAGAAACAUCAAGAGACACCAUCAAAAUCAUCGGUUUCUUCUUCACCACCAAGAAAUAAUGAAGUAAAUAAAAUGUUAAAUGGACAUGAAGGAUCACUUGUAAACAAAAUGAAUAAUACAAUAAUAAAACCUUAUCAAAAUGGACAUGCUGGAAAUAACAGUGGCUUUAGUACAAAUUCAGAUUCAGCUAUUGAUUUAAGUUCAGGAAUUACAUCAAUGAAUAUUACAAAUAAUCAUAAACAUCCAUCAAAUGAUGAAAUUCAAAAACAAGUUGAUCGUGAUUUACCUUCAUUUCAAUCGACUCCAUUAAAAGUAACAACUGAAACAUCUAUACAAAAAGAUCAUCAAAAUUCAUUUUCACCUGUUUCUCCAAAUGGUAAAGCGAAUGCAUCAUCAUCAUCAUCGAAAUUAAUUUCAGUUAAAAUUCGUCAAGCACCAAAUAUAAAUGAAAUUCAUUAUUAUAAUGGUACGAAUAAUAAUAAUAAUCCAUCAUCACCAAAUCAACGUACACCUGCCAUACAUACUUAA